GUAUAUGUACAUUGUAAAUUUUACAGAUAGAAUUCGUGAGUCUUUGAAUGAGAUCUACUUAAUGAGUAAUGUAGUAGUGUCAGAACUCUUGACAAAGAUACGAGAACACAUGGGUUGUUUAUACAAACUAGCUGAAGCUGUAUCAAGUCUAGACUUCCUGGUAUCCUUAGCUCACCAGUGCACCAUGUCUACUUAUGUCCGGCCUGAGUUUACAGACACAACAGCUAUUAAGAAUGGACAUCAUCCAAUUCUUGAAAAGAUACAGCUAGAUUCUCCGGUUCCUAACAACACGUUUAUUUCCAAAAACAACAACUUUCUUGUCAUCACUGGGCCUAACAUGAGUGGCAAAUCAACUUACCUAAAACAGGUGGCACUACUACAGAUCAUGGCCCAAAUUGGUUGUUUCGUCCCAGCCGAAUAUGCUUCUUUUCGUAUCACUAGACAGAUUUUCUCCAGAAUUGGGAGCAAUGAUGACAUUGAAUCAAACUGUUCUACAUUCAUGUUGGAGAUGAGAGAGAUUAACUAUAUCAUACAGAAUGCUGAUGACUCUUCUCUGAUCAUCAUUGAUGAACUUGGAAGAGGUACAAGUGUAGAAGAAGGUAUAGGACUUUGUUAUUCCAUUUGUGAAUACUUGGUGAAUAAAAAGGCUUUCACUCUGUUUGCAACUCAUUUCAUGGAGCUAACCUCUCUGGAUGUGACGUACCCUAAUGUCUCCAAUUACCAAUUUGAAGUAAAGCAUGACGAGAAUGGUAUGAAGGUGCACUUUACCCACGCUCUUUCAAGAGGACAUACUAGUGAAGAACACUAUGGACUCAAACUUGCUGAAUUAUCCUGUCUUCCUUAUUCCGUAACCACUGAAGCUAGAGUACUUUCGCAGCAGAUCCAACUACAAAGACAGACAGCUUGUCAGGAAUCACCAGAAGCUGUUCGUCUACGCUGUGUAUUUAGACUGGCUAUCAACCUACAACAAGUUGCAUCCAACUUUAGAAUGGACGUUGGCACCCUGAAGACCUACCUCACAUCAUUACGUGAACAGUACGAACAGAAGCUACGUCCUUACAGAGAAGAGUGACUACCAACUUAUGAUGUAAAAAUAAACCUUAAUGUUACUUGCUAUCAUCAUAAUGAAAUUUA